UUUCUUUUAUUGUUCUGCUAUUUUAUUGUAAGCAACUCUGAAAGCGUGUGGCUUGUAAUUUCUUCAGAUUAAUUAGUAAAUAUAAAUAAAUCAAAGGUACAUUAGCUCUCUUAUAUUUCUUUUUUAAAAAAAAACUGUCAGUCUUAGAGAGAGAGCCUUAGAAAAGAUUUCCCUCCUCAACAGCUGGGAUACUGAAAAUGUUCGUAGAAAAAAAAGAGGUGGCAAAAAAACACACCAGGCCACUAAAUGGGACGAAAGAAAUUGUUUUAGAAUGAGUUGGUAGAGUUUCUUACCGGAAACCUGCUGGCAUUUUUAAAACAAUGAACUCAAUCAAACAGAACGCCACUUCAGGAGACCGGGGGGUCCGUCCGGAACUCAAUUAGGCAAGGACUUUACGGAGCGCUCUUAGGAACGGACUGCGUCUCCUAGCAACCGGCCUGUAGCACCCGGAAGUGGCUUGAAUGUCAAGAGGAGCGGGCUCUUUCUUUUCUUUUAUGCCUGCUAGAAGGAGUAGCGGGAGGAAGCUUUCUGAUUUCCAAGCUUCCAUAUCAUGGUGCUUAAGAUAUUCUUCCCCAUUUGCUGCUCGGCAGCUGAAAGUGGCCUGCUGGUUGGACGAUGGAUCCCAGAACAGAACUCUGCUGUUAUCCUGGCUGUGAUCCACUUCCCUUUCAUUCCUGGUCAGGUAAAGCAGUAUCUCUCCGAAAUGCAACAUGCAACACAAGUCAAGCUGUCUGUGCUGGGCUCAUGGACUAAAACCAAGCAAGCAAAGGAAGAGAGUUUGGACAGGUUCCUUGAAGACCUUGGCACCAUUUUUUCACAUGACCCCUGGAUCCAACUCAGCAAGGAGAAAGGAAGCAAGUUUUGGAGCUGUUCCGCCUCUUGGAAAGACUCUAAUGGUAAUGAGGAAGAUGAAAAUAUAUUGGUUUAUUAUGACCAGCGCAAAGUGAUGCUGUCGCAACUUCACUCCACACGGGACCGGGUUGUUUCUUCUGAUCAGAAGACAGUGGAGGCUUCCAAAUUAGUUGCCGUGUUUGACACGGUUGCAAAGAGCAAGUUACUAUUCAUGAAGGACAGGUAUGACGAGGGGCCUGUCAAGCUCACCCACUGGCAGUCAGAAGGAGUAGAAGCCAGUAUUAUUGUGGAGCUGCUGAAACAAGCUUCUGUUCCUGCAUGUAUGCUGAUAACUUUCCUACUUUCACUUGUGUGUGGAGUCUGCAAAAGCAGAGUGUUGACGUUUUGGCCCUUGUCUUUCAUCUGGAGCAAGCUGUCAACUUGUGAGCAGCUGGGGCACCGGCUGCAGCACCUCCAAAUCAUCAGUAGCAAGCGGAAGGCUCCAAAUCAGACUCAGCUAAUGAGAAAAGCCAACAUAUUUCUUUCUCUUCUGAUUGACAUGACUCUUGGGAUACUACUGAUGUCCUGGCUGUACCAGAAGAAUCGAAUUGGUCAUCUUGCCAAUGCCCUUGUUCCAAUGGCUGAUCAUGUGGCCCAGCAGCUCCAGGACCUUCUGCAGUGGCUGAUGGGUGUGCCAGCUGGUUUGAAAAUGAACAGAGCUUUGGACCAAGUGUUGGGGCGGUUCUUCCUUUAUCACAUUCACCUUUGGAUUAGUUAUAUCCAUCUGAUGUCUCCUUUCAUUGAGAUGAUCCUCUGGCAUGUUGGCUUAUCAGCCUGUCUAGGCCUGACAGUGGCCCUUUCUAUCGUCUCCGAUAUCAUUGCACUCAUGACCUUUCACAUCUACUGUUUUUAUGUCUAUGGAGCCAGGCUCUACUGCCUCAAAAUCUAUGGCUUGUCGUCACUGUGGCGCUUGUUCCGUGGGAAGAAGUGGAACGUCUUGAGGCAACGAGUCGACUCCUGCUCCUACGACUUGGACCAGCUAUUCAUUGGUACUUUGCUGUUUACAAUCUUGCUGUUUCUUCUGCCCACAACCGCACUGUACUAUUUGGUCUUUACCUUGCUCCGUCUACUGGUUGUGAUUGUACAAGGCUUGAUCCAUCUGCUAGUGGACCUCGUCAACUCGCUGCCCUUUUAUUCAGUCAUUCUCCGUCUCUGCCGGUCCUACAGACUUGCAUCUGGUGUGAAGUUCAGAGUCCUGGAGCAGGAAGCUGGGAAACCUCUUCGACUUCUAAUGCAGAUAAACCCUCUGACCUACGGCCGCGUGGUGCAGCUGUACAAGCUCCCAACAUACAGCUGCUACCCCAAGGACUCCUGGGGCUCUUUGUGCAAGAAGCUGCUUGUUGGUGAGCUGAUCUACCCUUGGAAGCAUAAAGGAGAGAAGCAGGACUGAUUCGCAGCAACUGAGGUGGACUGCAAAUGCUUGAGGCCCAGAAAGGAACAUUGGAGAGGCAGGGCUGUUACUCCUGGUGAAAGACACCUUGGAAACAGCAGCUGCCGAGUGGUACCCUAGGGAUUCUUCAUUUUGCCAAGAAUGUGUUGGGCGGUCAGUUUCCAAGGAGGGAGGGAUUCAUUUCAGGAAUGGGCUCCCCUUUUCCUCUGGAUUGAGGGAAUUCCUUCUCCCCACCACCAUUCAACGAAACAUUAUCUAAUCCUAAGUUAGAAAUUGCCAGCCUAGAAGUAUAAGGUGGCCAAAUUAACGUGACAGCCGAGAGGAAAUCUGUUUUCGUUCGUUUGUUUUCUUAUGGUAAGCUGCCAUUUCUGCAGGAGCCCAGUGUGUGGUAUCUGACACACAAUUCCACUUCUUGAUAAUUUCAGCUUCACUUCUCCCCAGUCCUGACAUACAAGUGUCUAGCCCAUGUGAUUGUGAUGAUGUGGGUAAAGAUGUAUGGGCAACACCUGUCACAAGCUUGGGAGCCAAAGGGGUGGCCCAAUAAGACCUCCAGUGGUCUGGAGAGUCUGCCCAGCUCCAAUCAAUUCCUGUUGGGGGACAAGCAGCUGGGGAGAGCCAAUGUUUUUAUAUCCUGCUUGCAGGGUUCCCAAAAGUAUUUGGCCAGCCACUGUCAGAGACAGGAGGACGCUGGUCUGGUUGGAGCCAUGUCCUCAUCCAGGAGGACUUUGUUCUUAAGGUAUUAUGAAUUAAUGGGCAAGCUAGCUCUGAAAUGUAUCAUGUAGCUUAUGUGGUUGAUUUCUCUUUGACAAAUACCUGCCAUGGUGGGAUGUGAGAGAUGGACAAGCUGAAUCAGGACCAUGGCAUCUUUAAUCCUCUGCCAUCUUGAUUAGAAUGGAGCCCAUGUACAUCUGUUAUUAGCAAUGGGAAGAAAGUUCUCAUGGGUGCUAAUAGGGCUUUACAGUGGUGCCUUGCUAGACAAAUUUAAUUCGUUCCACGGGCCUUUUCUUAUAACGAAAAAUUCGUCUAGCGAAUCCCAUAGGAAUGCAUUGGAUUUUUUUUGGAUUUUUUUUUUGCCCAUAGGAACGCAUUAAUUGAAUUUCAAUGCAUUCCUAUGGGAAACCGCGAUUCGCUAGAUGAAUUUUUCAUAAAACGAAUUCGUCUAGCGAGGCAACCUCCGCUCGAAAAAUCCUUUCGUUAAGCGGAAAUUUCGUUAAGCAGGGCAUUCGUUAAGCCAGGCACCACUGUAUUCCCAUUGAAGAUAGCAGGUGGGUGGAAUUCUGUGGGACUGCAGGGAGGGCAAGGGGUUCUCCCUGGCAUGCUCUCCCUGGCAUGCUCCUGAUCCAUUUCCCACCCACACCAGCUCUUUGUUGAAAAGGAAUCAGCUAUACAAUGUCAAACUACAUGACAAACAUUGUGUCUAGUCUAGUCCAUAGUUAAUUACAGAGUUCCUUGCCUCCCCUGCCCCUGGCAAGUGACUAGAAACCCAUAGCAGAUUAUGCAAAAUUGGGGGGGGGGGGAAUGCAUUGGAAAUUAUGUAAAUAUGCUCCCGGGUCAUGACAUUUAGUUUUACUCAUCCCAGACUUUUGCUUUCUUUUAUAGAUUAUAUGGCAUGGUUGUUGUUUUCAAAAGUAGCUCCACUCAGCUUGUCACAGCACUUCUACAAGCAUAUUGUGAUAUGUCAAUUAAAAGGGGGUGGUCAUUACAGGCAGUGACCAUUUUGCACAAGGGUUCCAUUCCCUGCCCCCUGCAUGUCGGCGGAAUGCAUAUAAGCCCAUCCCACCCUGUUCCACCCCACCCCCGUUCUGCCAUCUUCUGGGUCCAAGGACCUGUGCGUAUCCAGGACAAAUGUAGACUGCCCCCAAACUUUGAUAUAAAUAUUUAGUAGAGAAUACACACUUGCCAUGCUUGUAAAAAACAACAUAGACCAGAAACCACAGAAGAUCUUUAUUAUCUAGUAUUUGAUCAUUCUGAGCUCCCUAUUACAUAAGUUGGCCCUAGUGAGGCUUAGAACAAUUAGUAAGCAGAUGAUGGAUCCAUGUACUUGGUGAUUUUUUAAAAUGUUUUAAGACAGUUUAUUGGACAUUGAAUUUAUAUUGGAGGCAAAUCUGCUUUGAGCACUCUAAUAGAAGCUGGUGGUAGUGCAGGCAGGAUAGCCUCUUAUCUGUUGCUUAAUUUGGGAGCAGGACUUUAUUGUAUUUCAGGCAACUUGAAGUGAGGGAAAUGAUUCCUAGACAAGGAACUGGAAGCAUACUUCACUUUUCAAGUCAGCUCCGUUGAAAGUCCUUGGGGCAGAUUCUUAUUGAACAGCUUUAGAACAGUGUGUUUCUAUAAGAUGAAGGCCCAAAGUACUCACUGCCUUGCCAUUAAGUUUCAAAUGAAGAGCCAUUACUAAGUGCCACAGUACAAAGCAAUAAUCGGUGUACCUCUCAAGGCUCCACGAUGGCCAAGAUCAUUCCUGAUUUUUUAAACCUUUUUUUAAGUCAAAGCUUUAAUGUUCAUUUCACCACCAGUCCUUGAUUUCCAACAUGUCUUCCUCCUACCCAUUGGCAUUUCUCUGUUUCCGCCAUACCUCAUAGCAGGUGGUACCUGCCAAUCUUAAUAGCACAACCACUAGCCUCCAGCUGUGUGACACACUCUCUCUCUUUAGCAUUAACAUUACUCUCUACUCAGGACAGACAUUGACAUCAUACCCAGGGCACGAUUCAUGCCAGUGCUGCCAUACUUCAUCCUCAGGCCGACAGCAAUGCCCUGAGUGGGGACUUAAGGGGAUUUUGGCAAGGCCAGUGGAGCAGGCCCCGGUCUCGAGACACUCCCAAGGGUGGGGCACUAAGGGGACCCCUUCAAACAUGGAGCUGGCUGGCCCUUGCUUAGCUGUGGUUCUGGACUCAUUUGGUUUGCUGCCAGCCUUGUGUAGCAACAGCCAAAUACACAGUGUUGCCCUUCCUUGCAAUUUGAUGUGAUGUGCUUUGAGGCCCAUUUAGUAGCAUGGGUGCACCAUGCAACACCUCCAUGUCUCUCUUUCACCAUAUGGACUCCCAUUGGAGAGAGGCCGUUAUUUGUAUUUCCCUGCCUUACGUUGACAGACGUGCAUUGGAUUUGAUGUUGCCACAUAGCCACUAUGUAUAUUCUUAAGCCAUAACAGAGACAACCUUUAGCUGUGACGCUUGUGCCUAGUCAUAGAGCCCUGUUCUGUAUGCAUGUGGUCUUGUGUAUGCACAGUGGGCCUUGGAAACACAGUCAUAAAGUCACACACUCCAUGUUUCUGAACAAGACUCCAAUGCUGUACAGAAGAACUAUCUCUAUGGAAAUUAAAUCUCUUCGGUUGUGCAUCUUGCCAUGCUCAUUGCAGGAUGGAGAUCAUAAAUCGUGCUAAUUUCUCUCUCACUUUUACUUGAUUUGCUGAGAGUUCGCAUGAAUGUCCGCUUUCUUGUGUCUGCUUUUUCCUGUGUCUUGCUGUGGUGUGAGCAUUGCUGUUGGCCUGAGGGGGGCAGUUUGCCAAUCCCACUCUGGUCACAGGCAGAAUGGAGCAAGCACUCGGCUUGCUGCACUCAACUUGCUGAUGCCAGCACUCUAGAAUUCUUGAGAAGGAGACGAGCAGCCUGAUCUUCUCUGUCUGCACAGUAUCAGUGCCUGUGUUGUCUUCUGCCAAGCAUUGGAGAACGCCUGGGAACUCCUGCCCUGCCCUGCCCUGGCAUUGCCAAAACAGGACUUUACUUCUCUGUUAGGAUACUGCUGCCAAUAAAAAUGAUUUAUCUGA